CUUCUGGGUACCAGCACAGCAGAAAACCGAGGGAACAUAAAACAGUUCAUUUUGAGACCACCUCCACCAUACAGUGUGCAGAAAGCUCCCCAGCACACAGUUCAGUCGAGCCAGCAAACACAGAAGUAUCAAGAAACUAGGUGUGUAUUCGUGAUGUCAAGUAUUCCAGUGAUGUGCAUUAUUAAAUUUCUGCGUUUUCUGUGGAUUCGUGAUGUUUUGUGUGACUGUAACUUUCCAUGUUCCUGUAAUGUACUGUUUUUAUAACGAUGUGUGUUUCUGUGUUUUUCUAUAUGUGAUAUGUGUUCAGUGUAUUUUCAAACAUUUUUGUGACUUAGGAGACGACCCCGGCCACCCGCACACCCUGUCGUCUGUGAGGCCAGGGUUACCAACAAACUUGGUGUGUUCUGGGGACAUGUGUUUAAAAUGUCUGUGUUGUAUAUAUGUUCAAUUGUAUUUUGUUUGUAUAUAUUAUUUGGAAUUAUUGUCACGUGUAUAUAUGUCAGCACACCCACCCACCAUGAAAAUUGGCUUUGAAAGCGCUCCCUUAUUUUUAAACAGCUUAGUAAAGAAAAAUUAGAUAUUAUCUGUCUACAAGAAACACAUUUUAAUGAUAAAGAUAAUUUUAAAGAUUUAUUUAAAGACUUUAAGGGUAAAUAUUUUCUAAAUUCAUGUAACAUAGGUCGAAAAUGGGGAGUAGCUAUUUAAUUAGACAAGGGUUAGAAAUUAAAGUGAUUAACAUUCUUAAAGAUGCAGAAGGGAGAGUUUAUAAGUUUACUUUGCCAAUUUAAGAGCCAGGUAAUUAACAUAGUUAAUCUGUAUUGUCCAGUGAACCCAUGCCACAGGGCUGAGUUUAUUGCAAGCUGUGUAGAUUACUUUUUCACAACACAUGACCAACGAACCAACACAUGACCAAUGAACCGUGACUAUUCACGUUGUUUGCAGUGACUUUAAUUGUGUGAACAACACUACGCUUGACAGGACAGUAUCGAAGAAACGAGGUAAGGGGCUCUGUAGGGAUAAAAGAACUUAACACAAUAAUAGACGUACACGCAUUACAGGACGCUUACAGACAUUUAUACCCAGAUAAGGCCUCUUAUACAUACCACAGUGAAGCAUACAAAACAUAUUCACACAUUGAUCACAUUUUAAUCUCAGGACAGUUUAUUUCUGGCCUGAAAGAAGCUGGUGUGUCUCAGUGCUUUUACACCGACCACAAGCUUGUAUGCAUGGGCAGAGUUUAUUUUCGACGAGACUAACCGAGGACCGGGACUAUGGGCUUGUAACAAUAGUGUCUUGAAAGAUAAGAAUUACGUAAAUUUAAUUUAUGAUUUUUGGCAAACAUGGAAAUCUUAAAAGGGCAACUACCAAGACUUAUUGUUUUGGUGGGAUUUGGGUAAAAAGAAAAUUAAAAUGCUGACUAUUGAUUAUUGUAAACAAAAACGUAGGACAGAACAGACUUACAUUUAUAACUUAAAACAAGACAAAAUAUUCUUAACACAAUUAGACAAACUUGGACAGUUGGACAACUAUACAGAAUUAAUUAAUGUACAAAACAAGAUUAAAGAUUACGAACAUUUACAAUUACAAGGGGCUAGAAUUAGGGCCACGGUUAAUGAAAUUGAACAAGGUGAAAAAUGCACUUCUUAUUUCGUUGAUCUUGAAAAACAAAAAGCUAAUAAUAAAUACAUGCAUUCACUAAUAACCGAAGAUGGAACAGUAAUUGACACACAAGACGAAAUUUUAAAUGAAAAUACUAAAUUUUACAAAACAUUAUACACAUCUGAAAAGACGGACGUUUCGGCACAAAAUUAUUUAUUAAAUAAAAUGACAGACAUUAAUUGAUGAAGACAGAUGAGUGCAAAGGGGAAAUAACUCUUGACGAAGUUUCAUCUGUGAUUAAAUCUUUUGCCAAUGUUAAACACCCGGCUGUGAUGGCUUGACUGCGGAAUUCUACCAGAAUGUUUUUGGUUUAAUUGGUAGUGAUCUGGUAGAAGUAAUUAACGAUGCUUUUAAUUAGGAAAAACUAACUUUCACCAUGUGUCGUGGUGUAAUUGUUUUAAUUUGGAAAGGUAAUGAAAAACAACUCCUUAAAAACCGGGGACCUAUUUCUUUAUUAAAUUGCGACUACAAAAUUAUCACAAAAGUUUUGGCUAGUAGAAUUAGAGAAUUUUUACCAAAAAUUAUUCAUCCAAAUCAGAAAUGUUCAUGCAGUUAAAGGCAGAUCAAUUCAUGACGGAGCAUUAUUGAUAAGAGACUUAAUAGAAUAUGUUAAUCGUAAUAAUUUACCUGGGUUAAUACUUUCCUUAGAUCAAACGAAAGCUUAUGAUAGGGUAGAAUGGGAUUUUUUGUUUAACGUUUUACAAAAAUUUAAUUUUGGGCCAAAUUUUAUAAAAAUGAUUAAAACAUGUUAUACUAAUAUUCAGUCAGCUGUUAAAGUUAAUGGGUAUGUACCAAACUUCUUUAAUUUCUCCCAGGGUAUUAGACAAGGGUGCCCGAUCAUCACUGUUCUAUAUAUUUUGGUAGCGGAAACUUUGGCUGAAGCUGUUCAGGAAAAUUCCAAAAUUAAUGGGAUCACUUUACCAGAUGGCUUCGUGAGUAAGUGGGUAGGCUAUUCGGACGACGAUAACGCAACUUUAUCUGACUUUGACUCAGUUAAACAACUUUUUAACAUUUCAUACAUUUAACUUUUAUACAAAUUCAUUUUCAGAAAACCAACGGUUUCCUAAUGGGUAAACUUAGGUAUGAGAAAGACACUCUUCUUGAUGUAAGAUGGACCAAUGAUAAGAUUAAAAUAUUAGGUUUCUACUUUGGUAAUAUUGAUGUUUCAGCAGAUAAAUGGGAACCCAAAAUUCAAAAAAUGAGAACAAUUUUAAAUAUAUGGAGUAAUAGAAAAUUAACAUUGCAUGGUAAAGUAGUUGCUGUAAAUUCGCUUGCAUUUGGUAUUUAUUAAAUGUUUUGGAACUUCCAGAAAAAUAUGCUAAACAAAUUGAUACAAUGAUUUUUGAUUUUAUUUGGAGCUAUAGAAAACAUUUUAUAUCAAAAGAGCAAAUUCAACUUCCUAAGGAGUUAGGAGUUGUAAAUAUUCAGCUAAAAAUUAAAGCACAAAGAAUUAAAUUUUUAAGUAGAUUUUUGAGUUUAGAGGGCGAAGGGAAUUGGAAAUCUUUAGUAGAUUACUUUUUAGGCCAAUAUAAAAUUUACAUAUCGAUAGACACACUCUAAAAUGUAAAAUUGCAAAUAAAAAAACAGAAUUUUAAGUCAAUGCUGAACAUUUACAAAGACAUACUACUAAUUUGGGAUGAACUUGACAUUAUACGCGACACAGAGAGUUAUCAACAGAUUCUGUAUGAACCUCUCAAUAACAACCCGACUAACACAUACGUAGAGAAGGACUAAAUUUAGUCAAGAGACAUAUGGGACUUGGGGACAAACGACUUUAUGGACUUUGCUGGUUGCUCGACUAGCGCGGCAUUUUAUCACCUAAUAAAAGACCUACAGGACAACUUUCCGCGACCGCUAUUAUGGACAUUAAAGAAUGAAGACUCCUUUGAUGGUGACUUAGACGCCAUCUUUCGUAUCAACGUAGGUGAUACGAAUAAAGAUGUGACAGUCGCGAAAACUAAAGACAUUUACACAGUUUUGUUAUUAAUGAACUCACAAAGACGCAUCGUUUAAGACCAGAUGGAAAACCAUUUUUACUGAAAGCAUAAAUUGGGAAAAUGUUUGGCAAACACUAAAUUCCGGCCUAAUUGAAAAUUAUGAUUUUGAUUUAAUUUAUAAAAUGAUUAGAAAUGUAAUUGCAGUUAGAAAACAUCUCUAUGAUUGGAAGAUUGAGUCCACUCCCAUGUGCCUUGUGUGCAACGGAGUGGACUCAGUCUUACAUGCCUAUUUUCACAGCAAUAAAACUAGACUAUUUAUUAAACAAAUUGAACCCAUUUUUAAAAAACUUUUUGAAUACAAAUUCAGAUUAAAUCCAUAUAGAAUGAUUUUUGGAAUUAAACAUAAACCUGGCAACUAUGUGUCAAACUUUCUCUGGAGUAAAUUUAUUAUUAUUAGAGGGUGAUAAGCCAUGUAAUGAAAUGGCACUUUUCAAACAUUUAGUAUAUAUUCAAGGGUUGAAACACAAUAUUUUGCCGCAUUAGAACGGCCCAAUAGAAGAGAAAAAUUCUUAAAACACUGGUGUUUCGAAGGGGUUGUUGCCUCGUGCAAUGACGCCUUCGACAUUAUGUAUCAACUAUGAACAUUAUUGGCUAAUUUUGCACAAAAUGUAGAAAAAAUAGGCCUGGACCUCCCGGCUUGUAGCUUUGGAGACCAGGCCCGCAAACCAGGUUAGAAUCUUUUAACUAAUCAAUUUUAAACAACAUACACUAAAGUAUAAAUGAAAUCAAGAACACAAGCAUGCAGUGAAUAUAUAUUUUAUUAUGAUACAAGCACAAACACUUUUAAUGUACAUAUAUUUUUAACAUUCAAGGAGAACCUGGUUAAUUGUAAAUAGGUAGGAUAUUGAUAAAUAAAUGGGGCAGUUAACCAGCAAAUUGUCUGGUAGUGCCCGAAACAUAAAAAAAAAAAAAAAACCCAUGUUUUAAAGGACAGACACUUGUGGGUGUUCAUGAUACAUCACAGGGUGUACACUUCGGGAUUGUUUUUCACUUGCCAUUUAGGUGAGUCAUGUCAGCACAUUGACUUGCCUGUGCAAUUUUUGAGUUACUCGAUUUUAUUUUUAAAAAUAAAAAAGAACAAAUGUAUUUGACAUAGGAGAUCAGUUUCAAUGGGCAUACGCAUCUUGAAUUAUUAUCAAAAAUAACUUUUUGGUUGUUUUACAACAUUACAUGAUGGACAUUCCAAAAUAAUAUGCUGUAAUGAAAGCCCAAAAUUUUGUCGCCAGGCGGGUAACUCACGAUACAAUUUUGACUUGCCCGAUGUUGUUUUCACUCACAUGGGUGACCGGGCGACCGUAAAAUGCAGACCCUGCAUCACAUUACUGGCUGCAAGCCCUGAACUUUUUGAUCACUCUACAGGGCUGGCAUACAAAACACUAUGAUAUUGAAUAAUAUGUGUGAUAAAGAUUAAAUAUUUAUGAUGGUGAUUGAGCCAUGCAGAUACAAGAAAGGUUUUAUAUAGUACAAUAAAAAAUAAGUGCAGUGAAACCUGUCUGAACUGGAUCACACCGAGGACCAAAUAUUUAUCCGAGUUAGACCGGAUGCGUUUCAGAAUUUAGAAAAUUCGGGACCAUGAAAUUUGGCCUGUUUUGACAGGAUUCCCAUUUGUUCAGGGUCUGGUUUAAACAGGUUUCACUAUAUAUGUAUUUCAAAUAAAAUAAAACUGUAAUUCUGUUUCAGUUACUGAAUUCUGUUAUUCCUUCUGUUUUUCCAGGAUCAUAGAAAAAUAAUGCCAUCAGCAGUGUUACUGCCAGAAAGAAAGUUUUGUGCAAUUGAAUAUUUAUAAUGGUUUAGGGCUAUGGUUAAGAAAAUCAUACAGUAAUGAUAAGUGUCAUUAAUUUUGUCAAAAGGUUAACUUAAAAAUAUAAAUCUACAAACAAAUUUGGGUAUGGCGCCAUACUCAUUUUACCCUCUGGCAGAAACCCUGAUCAGCUAUUGUCCAGUGUGCAUCAAAUAAAAUUACUGAGAUCUAAAUUAAUGUAGGUAAAUUAUUAUUUCUUUUCAGCUUUUUAUCCCAGUUCUGAUGUCUACCAAGGAACGGUUCGGAGUACUCAAAGUGAGCAGAUACCGUGUUUCAGUUCCGCACCCAGUGUCAUGACACCGCAUCAUCGUUUACAGCACAAUCAGCAAGGUCAGUUGCUUCGGAAACAGGAUGAGUCAAAUUACCUCAGAGAACAACAACCCUUGCAUCAGCAAACAAAAACCCAGCAAAGUACGACUCAAACAUUCUGGCAGCAAGACAUGCCUGGUGUGGUUUCUAAAGACAGCAGUGUGCGCCAGUACCAGCCAACCACAAACCAGCUGCCUCGGGCCACACCAGUGGUUUCUAAAGACAGCAGUGUGCGCCAGUACCAGCCAACUACAAACCAGCUGCCUCGGGCCACACCAUUGGUUUCUAAAGACAGCAGUGUGCCCCAGUACCAGCCAACUACAAACCAGCUGCCUCGGGCCACACCAGUGGUUUCUAAAGACAGCAGUGUGCGCCAGUACCAGCCAACCACAAACCAGUUGUCUCGGGCCACACCAUUGGUUUCUAAAGAUAGCAGUGUGCGCCAGUACCAGCCAACCACAAACCAGUUGGCUCGGGCCACACCAUUGGUUUCUAAAGACAGCAGUGUGCCCCAGUACCAGUCAACCACAAACCAGUUGGCUCGGGCCACACCAUUGGUAUCUAAAGACAGCAGUGUGCCCCAGUACCAGCCAACCACAAACCAGUUGUCUCGGGCCACACCAUUGGUUUCUAACGACAGCAGUGUGCGCCAGUACCAGCCAACCACAAACCAGUUGGCUCGGGCCACACCAUUGGUUUCUAAAGACAGCAGUGUGCGCCAGUACCAGCCAACCACAAACCAGUUGGCUCAGGCCACACCAUUGGUUUCUAAAGACAGCAGUGUGCCCCAGUUCCAGCCAACCACAAACCAGUUGCCUCGGGCCACAUCUUUGGAUUCUGCAAUAAGACGUGUACACACUGGGCUGGUGUCUGACUCAGAAAAACUUCAUUUGACACCAAGCUAUAGAGAUGCGUUGGUGUCAGUUUACCUAAAUUCAGUGAUUAAAAACAAUCAAAGUAGUGACAUUUCCAACCCUCCAAAGGCCACAGUCAUGACAACCAAUACCAAAUCUCCAGACGUGUUCACUAAGAGGCAUUACCAGCCUUGUUCAGUUAAAAAUAAUGCUGUGAAUGGACCAGAAAAGGGUAGAAAUCUUCAAGAUGAGGUUAAGGACAACUUGUCAAAAGCUGCUGUAACAAUUACAUCAAAUGCAAAAGAUGUCAAGUCCACUGAAGCAGUUAAAGUAAAUAACGUUUGGUGGCCACCAAGUAAAAUAAUUCCAAAUAAUGUGAAAUACAUUAACCCAGUCAAUGAUCCUAUUGAAAUAGACUGUGAGGAUGAUGAUGACAGUGGAAAUACAACAUUGCAACAAAAGAAAAAACUUGUUAUUUUAAUAGAUGACGAAACUGAUAUUGAUGACAAAGAUGCUAAAAAGGAAAAGAAUCUGACAGCACACAGCAUGACAAGUAUUACACAGCUUCUUAAUUCAGAUGUGAAUUCAAAACAUAGGUUAAAUUUUGAGACCGAUGCCAGACCUAGAUAUACUUACAGUGUAGAGAAAAAGAACAUUGAUUUGGACCCAGUUUCUCCGCAAGUUAAGUCUAACACACCUGCGAUUGUGUCUAAAACAAAUCAACUUAACAAAGAUGUGAAAAGACGAACUAAACUUACUGAGUAUGCUGCUGAAUCGGCUCCAUUUCUUUCUUCUGUAGCAGUGCAAAAACAAUCUCUGGUCUCCAGUACAGGAGAUCAUAUUAGUACAGCCGUAGCUUCCAAAGACAAGGACAUCAUCAUCAGUGAAACCACUGCUUCCAUGCCCAUGUCUGAAAUAGAUACUAAUUCCGCUAUAGCUUCCAAAGAAAAAAACAUUGUCAGUGAACUUACUGCUUUCAUGCCCAUUUCUGAAAUGGAUACUAAUUUUACUGUAGCUUCCAAAGACAAAGACAUCAUCAUCAUCAGUGAACCCACUGCUUCCGUGUCCAUUUCUGAAAUAGAUACUAAUUCCGUCAUAGCUUCCAAAGAAAAAAACAUUGUCAGUGAACCGACUGCUUUCAUGCCCAUUUCUGAAAUGGAUACUAAUUCCACUGUAGCUUCCAAAGACAAAGACAUCAUCAUCAUCAGUGAACCCACUGCUUCCGUGUCCAUUUCUGAAAUAGAUACUAAUGCCACAAGUGGAAUUGUACUACUUGAAGCCUUUUCACUUCAACCAGAGUUUGAUGCAUCAGAAUACAGCACUGAUGAUUUAGAGCAUGGAACCACAAAACAGCACCAUGUACCUCAAGAUCAUCAGUUGGCAUUGUCAAGAAAAGCUUUCUUUUGUUGUGGCCUGAAUGGUUGCACAUUUGCCACAAUUAUGCCAGUGGAGUUAGAAGUGCAUCAGUUGCAGUUUCAUUCAAGGUCGUCACAUUUUGAUUGUGUUCAUUGUGGGUAUGUUGCAAGCAAGCCUAGCCUUCUUAUUGACCAUUUGCAUGGCCAUAUAUAUCCUGAUAAUGAGAUGGACAAGUUUGAUGGUCAUUGCAACUACUUCCAACUGUUCUUACAAACCGGUCUCUUACAAAGAUUUAUUAUACCAUAUCUCACAGAGGCAUUACAGGGAGACCAGUCAUCCAUGUUUGUUGUGCAAAGAAGUUUUUGCCACAUGUUUGAGACUGAUGAAUCACUUGAGACGAAACAUAUUGACCAUAGUGAAAUGUCCUCAUUGUUCUGCUAAAG